CUUCUAGGCUCAAACAGUCCUCCUGCUUCAGUCUCCCGAAGUGAUGGGAUUACAAGCAUGAGCCACCACACCCAGCCAAAUCUUUGUUUUCUUUCAUCAGCAUCAUAUACUCUUCAGCAUACAAAGGGUGCCCGUAUAGAAAUCUACCCUGGGAGUCAGUGCACCCUGAGUGACAAUGGGAUCCACCACUGCAAGGAAGGGGUCUUCAUUAAGGACUUCUUAGAUGAACAUUGUGACAUUCCCAAGAUAUCCACGGUGAAUCAUAUAAUACAUAAUAAUGAAGGUUAUGGUGCUGUCUCGGUGAAACCUACAGUCUUCUCUGACCUGCAAGAAAAUGCUAAAGAUGGAACUGAGUAGGGAUGGGGUUUCACCAUGUUAGCCAGGAUGGUCUCGAUCUCCUGACCUCAUGACUCCCCUGCCUCGGCCUGCCAAAGUGUUACGAUUACAGAUGUGAACCACCGCUCCUGGCCUGGUUUUGUUUUACAUAAGCCUCUUCCUUUGUUGAAACCAUAAGAUCUUCCUCACAGUGGAGAAUCCUGAAAGCUCCCAGCAGCCAGCAAUGAAUGAAAGGU